UGGCGAGGACUGGGGCGGGCGUGCAGACCGCGAAGACCGCGUGCGAUUGGCCAGCACCGGGACGGCGUCCCCGGCCCCGGGUCCCGAGUCGCGGUGGGCUAUGGCUUCUGGCGGCUGGCGCUGGCUGCGCGGCCUGCGGGCCGUGGGGCAGCCCCUGUUCCAAGGCCGUGCGCUGCUCGUCACGAACACGCUGGGCUGUGGUGUUCUCAUGGCGGUCGGGGACGGCGUGCGCCAAUCCUGGGAGGUCCGCACCCGGCCUGGCCAGAAGUUCGAUCCCCGGCGCUCAGCGAGCAUGUUUGCAGUGGGCUGCAGUAUGGGUCCCUUCCUGCACUACUGGUACCUCUGGCUGGACCACCUGCUCCCAGCGUCUGGCCUCCCUGGCCUCCCAAACGUCCUCAGGAAGGUGCUCAUCGACCAGCUGGUGGCCUCUCCCACGUUAGGCGUCUGGUACUUCUUGGGCCUUGGCUGCCUGGAGGGCCAAUCGCUGGAUGAGAGCUGCCAGGAGCUGCGGGACAAGUUCUGGGAAUUCUACAAGGCCGACUGGUGCGUUUGGCCAGCUGCCCAGCUGGUGAACUUCCUCUUCGUGCCCCCCCAGUUCCGAGUCACCUACAUCAAUGGCCUGACGCUGGGCUGGGACACGUACCUCUCCUACCUGAAGUACCGGGUGAGCUCGGUGGGCGGACCAGAUACCCAGGGGUCUCCUCAGGGGCCACACGUUUGAACCCCAAAUGGCGGUGCAGCUGCGUUCUAGGGUGAGGUCCUCCUAGGCCUGUGAUAAUCUGCAAACUACAGCAGGUGGGUGGGGAGCUGAACCCCAGCAGGGUGAAGACCCAGCCCCUGUCUGCUGUUUGAUGUGACCUCGGGCAGGACCUGCUGCGUCUGCCCCGCAGGACUGAGCCCAGCCAGAAGACAGAUGGGUGAGGACUCUCGCUUGGUGAAGAGGAAUCCAGAGGGGUGAACGGGGUGUGUGACCAGACCCCUCUUGCAUGGACAGAUCCUGGGCCCGUCCACCCCUAGGCUGCGUGGCCCUGGGCACUGUGCAGAUUGAGCUGCCCCAGCCCUCCAGACUGGAUGCCAGACAGAGCAGGACUGACUCUGAGCAGGCCAGGCCUGGUCCUGGCCCCUCCCCAACCCCUAGGCAUCUGGCUGGGCUGCCCCUUCCAGGCCUAGUAUAAGACCUCAGUUUCCCCACCUGGAACACAACCAUGAAGAUGGUCACCAAGGA